GGCGUGAGGGGUCAUCAGAGGCUGGAGGAGCGGUGCGAGGAAUGGACGGAGGAGACUGGGACACGGCCUGGCAGGCCGACUCAGGCUCUGAACUGCCCGAGGAGGUGGUGGAGGAGGUGGUCGGGCAGGCAACAGAGGAGGCGUCUGAGGGGCCUUCUGAAGACGAGCUCGCCCGCAACGACGACGCGGCUUCUGACUCGGAUUCUGACAACAUGCCUGAUUUGGUUGACGGCUCUAACGACGAGCGCCCAGGCGCCCUGCUGCCUCGAGGUCCCGGGCGCGCUGCUACCGCCGCUGCCGCCGCCGCCGCUGCUGCUACAGCGGAAGCUGAGGCCCCUGCUGCUGAGGCCCCUGCAGCUGCCGUCGCGUCCAACGUAUUCACAGGGCGACGAAACCCACUUGUCGCCGCCUCGCCCUCAUCUAUGACAGGUGGCGCAGGCGCCGUAGCUCCUCUUGCCCAUGCCGACGCAGACGUGCCACCGCUGCUACGCUCGCUCCUUCCGCUCCCAGGUCUGCCCGCGUCUUCACCUUCGCAGCAGCAACAGCGGCAACAGCAGCGCCGGCAGGCCUUUCAGCUUCAGCUCCCGCAGCAGCAGCACCAGCAGCCUCCUACGCUUCGAGAGCAUCGUAGCGCGGGUGCCGUACUGGAGGGCGCAGCUGCUGCCGCCGCCGCCGCUUUUGAGGAGCUGAUGAACGGUGACGGCCGCAGCACCCGCGGUCCCAGCGCUCCCGCCCGCUUGCCGCUACCACCCAUGCCCUCAGGCGACGGCGCCGCUCCCCCGCCGGCAUCCAACAACACCGGCGCUACGGCUGGGUCGCCAUCGGCUGAAGGUGCUUCCGCCGCAGCAGACACCGCGGGCCCUGCUACCGCCGCCUCGUGGCCAGGUCCCCGACCUGCCCGUCGUAAUGCCGUCGCGUACCCGCGCAGUGUACUUCUAGAGAUGCUGGAGACGCUACGCAGCGCCGAUCCCAUUCGCGCCGCUGGCGGCCCUGCCGCUGGCGGCGCUAACGGCGGCGGCGGCGGCGCUAGUGACGCCAGCCGUACAGCCCCAUGGCGUCACGGAGGCACCAGCAACGCGCGUGGGGGCAGCGCUGCCGCCGUUGACUCUUCAACUUCCUCCGGCGCUGCUGCCGAAGGCAGUCCGAAUCCCUAUGCAAUCUACCUGAUCCCCGCCCCACGGGUCGCUCCGCUGCAUGGGUGGAGCGCCGCGCCGCUGCUGCGUGACGCCGCAUUCGUACGGCAGCUGGUGGAGGGGCUGCCGGGGGUGGGUGCCGGGCUGUCGUCGUGUGAGUGGCUGACACGGACUGUGCAGUGGCUGGAGGUCGAGUGUGAGCCGCGGCAGCGGUAGCGGGGCGGUAUGGCUGGCUAGGAGGUGAGGGCGUGUGGUUUUUUGUACAUAGGGGCGGUAAGAGUCUCCAAGGUUGGGGCUGGGGAGGUAACAAAGUUCAAGGAAACCAGCCAGCCAAGUACCAAGGAGUGGGGAGGGGUAAGGAUACGGGUACCGGUAGCCUGCAACGUGCGCGCACCUGGGUACAAGGCGUGGAGCGAUUAGGAAAGGGGCUCUGCGUGAGCCUUGAGGAUGAGAGGCCUAGACUGGUAGGGUUGCCCGGUAGAGCUCUGGUAUAGCUGUAUGGAGUGCAGGCAUGCAAGGGAACGAAGGGCAGUCCUUGUGUGUUGAUCAACGGAGCCUUGGUGUGGGUCUGCCUAGGAUAUCGCUCAUUCUUGCAUCAUCCGUGGUACGGAAUCCUAUUUCUUCACGAUGAAAAAAGGCAUGCAUGGUUUGAAACACCCUGUUUGUGCCAAAGCCUGGCGCCAUGCGUCCCGAAACUGGACGUAACAAUUGUCUGCGCAGAAGGCCUCCCCACAGGCUACAUGCAUCCAUUCGUGCCAUGGGGCUAAUUGUCGUGCUAUUUGCAGGGCUGUGCACGUGCCGUUUUGCAUUGCGAAUUUGCACACAGCAAUUGGUUUUGCCGUCGCGUGUACGACAUACCUGGUCAUGCGAGGUCGUGUAGGCAGGACGUGUGUAGGCAGGACCUUGGUAGCAGUAGGAAGCAUGAUGCAUCGACAGUGCAGUAUGUGGUUUCAGCGGGGUAGGUGUCAAGACAUGGUAUGUCCCGUUCGGGUCUCAGGCCGUUGAACGCUUCCGGAUCUGUGUACUUCUGUUAUAGCAGAGGUGGCGGAGCGGGCUGAAGGGCAGCGCCCCCUUUAGACACAAGCCCCUUGCUCCCUUCCCUUUGCCGUGGUUACUUGCAAGUUGGCACGUAUCACUGACAACUCUUAC